GCCCAGGGACCAUCCAGCCCAGGGACCAUCCAGCCCUCGGACCAUCCAGCCCAGGGACCAUCCAGCCCCGGGACCAUCCAGCCCUCGGACCAUCCAGCUUUCAGUCAUGGCGUCUCCCGGCCGCCCGUCCGUCCUGCUGAUGUCUGUCCUCCUCCUCCUCUCAGCUGGGAUUGUCUCCACGGCUGGCAAACAAAAAGAAUCUAAAAACAAAGUCAAGGCAGUAUCUAAAGAAACUGGCAAGUUCCUUUUGGAUCACACUGAAAAGAUCAGCAACGCAGUGGUCCCUUUUCUGAGUCUGAUCCAACCUGACGGGUCUCUGAUCAGUGCCAUCGUCAAUGUAGUACUGAUACUAGCGUCAGUAGUAAACAAAAACUUAAAAGAUGACCCAACAUUAAAGUAUCUCAAGUUUCAAUUUGACAAUGUUAAUUUGAAGCUUGACAAAUAUCACGAAGAGCAGAUAUGGGCAAGCUGGGCGAGUGGACCCUUUCACAAGCCAGAGAAACACAUUGAGGUGGGCUGGACUACCUUGAAAACGUUCGUGGGCAGUCUUUUAGAAUCAAAAGACAUUCAUGAACAGCAGAGGCACAGAGAUGAGUUCAUCCACGCCUACUCAAAGUACGAGCCCGCCACCAAGACCUUGCAUGAGUUUUUGAAACCUAAAACAAUAAGCUUCAUAGAAAACCUGGGCUUGAAGCUGGCUGACCAUUCGAAAUGUCAUGAAAAGGAUCUCAGAGAUUACAGCGCAUUUAUCAAUGAGCUUAUCUACAAAGGCAACACUAUGAACCAGCUGUACUACAAACUCAAGAAGAUAGACUCUCCCGCCAGAGUCAAGGAGGCAGCUGACAUUGCGUACGAAUCUGCAGCCGCUCUGUUCCAACUGCAACUGUACUGCAUCGAAAAGAGUGAUGACUACAUUAAAACAGAUGUGUUGGGGCUCAUUGAUGACACCAAAGACCGCAAAGGACUAGCAGAGAAAGUCUGGUCUUUCUUGGAGAAGACGUAUGACAGGCAUGACUGGAUGGUUGUUUCAUUUCUAACCAAAAAUUCCCAACAUAGCAAUGCUAAAACACUCAACAAACACGUCUUGGAUGGAUUUACUAAUGUGACAAAAGGGGAGGUUAGCGUGGCUGUAGCCAGGCAGGUGAAAGGGACUCACACAAGGGCCGCUGACGUUAAAACCGCCAUAGAAAGGUGCCUCGGGAAGUCAGUUCUGUGUCAUAAGGUAGCAGAACAACUCGGUAAUUGUCAGGAACCUGUAGGGAACGCUGCAGACAGAAUCCCAGUGUCUCAGACUUACACAGCAGUACACGCCUUCAGAGCAAAGGCUCACGACAGCCACGCAGCAAAGACCAUACAGGACAAAAUAGUAGAAGAAGACUUUGUCCCUGGAGGUACCACCCCUUACGUCUAUGCAGGGAAAUGUCAGAAAGAUCCACUUAUUAACACUGGCGAGUUUGUUGUUCUGAUUAAAAGUGAUGAAGAGAUGCUCAAACCAGAUCCAUGCUCCAAUCUGGACUGUGGUGGUCCCCAAAGAGGAGACUGUGUUCCUGUGGAAACGAUCGUUGCGGUGUGUAAGUGCAAGAAGCCGUACUACGGCAAGAAAUGUGAGAAUAGUUUAAACGAUUAUGAGAAAGCUUUAAACAAAGAGAUCGAUAUCAAGUCCGACGAGUUCAAGAACGUCUUGAAGAAGUUAGAUGAGUUAGACAGCAAUCAGAGACGGCCAAUACUGGUGUCCAGGCAACGAUAGGCAACGGUAGGCAACGAUAGGCUGCAAUGGGCAACAAUGGGCAACAAUGGGCAACGAUA